CGGAACAAAUUUUGGGGCACAGUUGUCGCUUGAUUGCCUUCCGCGCGUUGUGACGAUUAAAUUGAUAGUAGUUUUGCCUGUCGGGUAGACUUGUAGUUCGAAGCUUUGUUAUUUUGAUUUUGAAAAAUGUCUGUUCGAUCGAAUAUCGUCGUUCUGGUGUACAUCGUUCUAUGUUGUCUUCUACCGGCGGCACUCGGUGAGCAGCAGGAUCAACAAACUGUUGCAGAAAGUCGAACAUUUGGCCACCACUUCCUGAAACGUGUCAGCUUUGCCAUGAUACCAGCUGCAUUCGUAGUCGGAGUAAUCACAACGCUCCUAUCGGCACUAACCGUUGUUUCCAUGAAGGGCUUGGGAGUCGGAGUCAUCCUUCUAGUGCUUGCCGUUUCGCAAAUCCUAGCAAGAAGUUUCGCCGCACCUUUGCCUCCCCCACCAAUCGCAUACGCCGGUCAUGGACACAUUCCUCUGGUUUACCACUAGGCCCAGCCGGAUGAACCUUACCUUUAUGUAGAAUUAGCUAAUUUAUUACUUAUUUAUUGUACUAUUUAUAAAAAUGUAUAUCUAGCGAUAUAGAUCACGACUGCUUAUGGUUCCGUCGUAAGUGAUUCGGCUGAAGAGAGCCGAAAUCGUGUAAUAAAAGUCGGCUUUCGACUAAUCACGCAUGCAGAGCAUGUGGCCCUAUAAUCGUGGAGUUGAGGAUUAUCUCAUUGGCUGGAGAACUUCCCCCUUAAUGUACACUUAACAAGGAAGAAAGAAAAAUUUUGGCGCGUGUGUCACGAUGCCAUUAUAAGCGAGGGUCUGAAUUCCAUGAUGACAUUGUGCGCCCUGCCAUUGUUGCUCACUUCGAGACACUGUUGACACUUGAUGAGCAAUCAUCCACGGUAAAUAAGCGAGAGUUUUCAGGCACCCAGGCCACAUGUACCCAUGGUGGAAUUACUAAACUUGAACUGGAGUAGUGGAACAUGACGAGGUGCAUCUGCUAAUUUUAUCCAUUUCACUUUACGAUUGAAUCGUUUUUAUAAACCGUAUCGAUGUAUUGACAUGAUGAUGGGUUAAUUAUAGUGGUUUAAUUGAUCGGGUUCAUAAUAGGAAUGUUGAAAUGUCGAUCAAGACACAUCCAUCUUAAUAAUAGAAGCAGUAAUGCUGCUGAACCAUGAAUUGCGAUGAGUUUCUUAAGUAGACAUUACUGAUAGACAUGAUCUGAUUAAAAGCUGAAAACUUUCUCAUUGGAUUUUUUUUUAUAAUCUGACGGGUUUGCGCCGGGCGUCUUCAGAUCUUCUACAAAAUUGAAUGCGCGCUUCUAUUAACAUGGGAUCAAAAGUACCGUAAACUGGGGGAACUUUGAUCACCGAGGUAACUAUGAUCAACAUGAAAUUUUUGCAGAUAAUCAUCAUUAACUAAGUCCUAAGUUGAAUUAUCUGAAAACUGUCUGUUUUUUUAGAAGACUCACAAACAAACACCUCUCCUGAUAAAAUGAUAGCAUUUAGAUAGAAAUGGGUUGUUUUGUAUAAAACUUUAACUUUUUUCCUUUGUAUAGGUAUAUUUUUAGAAUUAUUUAUAUGGUCAUUCUAUGUUCAUUUUAGAGUAUUAAAAACGA